UGAAGGACUGGUUCAGAUAUAGUUCGCUCCUCAAUAAUGACUUAGAUCGUGACCGGGAAUCGAACUCAUCUAGCCUGGUCCAUAGGGAAGUGCGUAAACCACUGCGCCACCGCUACCCCCACUCUCUAGUUAUGUUUUUUAAAUAUUUUUUUCAUCUAUUGGGUAAUUUGGGAAGUUCUGCUUUUUGCGGUUUUGGAGCCGUGCAGAUGUGAUGAGCACACGUGUUGUGUGGGCUCAGAUAAAAUGUUUAUUUACCAGCAAAAAAGUUAAAUUUUGAACAUGUCUUUGUCUUUGUGCGCGCCAUCUGAGGAACGGUGGCGCAGUGGUUAGCACACUGGACAACAAACCCCGCAACCUGAGUUCGAUUCCCACUCAACGGCUAUCAGUGAAGAAUGUCUGAACUUGUGCUGGCCACACCAUCCCCUCGCAUGCCGUGCCGGCCCUCAUAGGUGCUCACUUAUGACUUGCCUCAACAGCCUGUUUAAGGCUAUACGGGGGAUCUGUGUAUAUGGUGAACGUUUUUCCUACCGUAUUUGGUACCAAACAAUUGCUACCUUAUUCGAUACCAAUUUCCACUCUGGCCCAUGGACUAAGAGAAUACAUAAAUGGCGACACGAGUAAGUCGACUGGCAGCAGGUGGUGGGGUAAAAGUGUGUGGGUAUUUACUACUUCUUUAGGACCAGCGUGGAAGAGUAGGCCAAAUACCCUUCAGAGGGGUCAUCUAUAGCUCUCGCUAGUGGAGGCCUUUCUGCCAACAGUGGCGUGAGCCAAAUGUUGCAGAGUUGCCUGUUUUUUGUUUAUCUGUGUCGCAAGAACAGUUGAUUAUUUUUCUUUAUUAAUAUUUAACCACAGUCUGGCUGCCAUACAUUUGUUUUAUUUUAUUAUUAUUCUGUAUUGUUGAGAACAUUACGACGCACACAUUGCCUAACAACCGUGCAGUCCAGUUUGUUCACAAUGGCUUACUCCUCUAUUCCGAUACUACCUUCUGUGUCCAUCAUCAACACAAUUAUCUUCAUCAUCUUCAUCGCAUUCCACGCAUCCGUUGUAUCUCAUCCUCCCCGCUCACUCACCUCUUCCUCCUUCUCUCCCAACUCUUCCUCUCCCUUCUCAUCUUCCUCCGUUUUCCCGAUGCCACGUGACUUGGCUCACUUCAGGCGAUCCAAACGCCAGGUGUGGCCGUUUAAAUUCGACGUUCUCGGGCUGGCGAGGACGGUCGUUGGCUACGCCAUCAAGUUCGCGUACGAAGACCCGCGGGCCGACCGGUGGCAGCAGGAAUGGCGCAAUUUCGCGCAAGAGAUGAGAGGUUCCGCAGGCUUCAUACGGCACUCCCUGCUGUCCCUGCCAUCGCUGCUGGAGCGCGUGGAGGCGCACGGGGAGUGGCUCCACGUGCGCGCCACGCUGCGCUCUCUGCUCUCCCGCCUGCGUGUGUUCCACCACCCUCUCGCGGAGCUGCAGGGUGCUGGUGGCGCCCUGCACCCCCGCUCCGCCGAGACCUGGGCAACCAACGCGAUCGACCCCACGUCGGGCAUCUUCGCAGCCCUUCUGGAUCUCAACGCACUCAUUCUGGACAGCGAUGCCGGCGGCGGCGGCGAUGCCGGCGGCCGUGCGCUGUACGCGGCGUACGCGCACUCCCUCAUGGCGCAUGGAAACGAAGGGAUCCUGUGCCACGCGGGGACGUCGCGACUGGGUGCCGUGGCCUCCCUGCAUAUGCUUGUCCAGGGUGCCCGCCUGCAGGCACUCGAGGCACUCAUGGCGGCCUACAACCUCGCGGGGGCGGCUUCGGCGGCCAACUUUACGGCAGAAAUGUUGAGAAAGCUCGAGCUGUUCGAGGGACACACUGCUCAGCAGGAGACGGCCCUGCGCAGCGCCGCCCGCUCGGCCGACGACCGGGUCCUUGCGUGCGGUGACGGUAGUGGUCGUGGUGGUGGUGUUGAUAGUAGCGGUAAUGGAAAUAGCGGUAAGACACACACGCUGUUCACAGUCUUCCAAGGCAUCCAGUUGAGCGAGGCACGGCUCGGAGACGGCUCUUGCAUGGGCACGUGUGAGACUUCACACAGGCAAGUGCUACCCCCUGCCCAGCCACGCGCGCGACACUGCGAAGGAAUUCUGCUCGAGUGCCAGGAUUCCUGGGACUACGUUGGUCUCAACCUGGCCCCCAGUGGGGACUGGCGGCGAAUACUGGCCAUGGGGAACAUCAGGGGUCCAAAGGAGUCUGCGGCCGAGAGGUGGGGUCAGAAGAUGGUGCGGCUACCUACGUGGGAAGAAGUGAGUGGCGGUGGCAGCUUUGCCGGUGACUAUGCCUACACGAGGUGGUUCUGGCGAUGCCGUCCCUGCUUCUGCAUCUGCGAGGAUCCGUGGAGGAAUACGGCCGAGUUCGACCUUGGGGAGGUGCGAAGCGACACAGCACGAGGGAUGGUGGUGACCGGGGUGGCCAUGCAGGCCUCCACCUUGAUGGAUGAGCGAGGAAGCAGGACACGAGUCCGGCUGGAGGUCAGACAGGGCCGAUCUCGACCUUUCGGACAUGCUGAACCUUCAGAGCCACGAUGGAGACGGGCAACUGGCAGUCGUGGAACUAAUUUUGAAACCAGGAGCCGAUCCGAUGAUGCGAAUGAGCACACACAAUGGAAUGGAACCGAAGCGACCUUGGCGCAAACUUAUUCCAUCUCUCGCGAGCAAAGGAGAGCGACCAUCGACCUCCAGGAUGUGAGAGUCGACCCGGGCUGCGUCCUUACGGGAGUGGCCUUCUUCGAGAGGGGCAAACACCUCGCCCUCAAAGUCCACCAGACCCCGAUCGAGCCGGACACGGGCCGUCUACGCGCACAUGAGGGCCGCUGGAAGGAGCCGCCGCCCACCGUCUGCAGCUUCCCAUCCACACAGGGACUCGAGCUACCACCUUCCUGGUCAGAUGGCCACGUGGAGCGGGGCCCAUGCGCCGAAGCCAACAUGGAAUUCGCUUGGUCAUCCAAGGAGCAGGACGUGGCGCAGAGCACGCUGCCGGCAAUUGACACGAGGCUCGUGGCGCCAGACGAAGACGUGUGGCGAUACGGGGCAGGGUUGCACUAUGUAGCACGGCAGGGGUUCGCGGGGUCCAUUGGGGUCAGUUUGCUCGAUCGGCCAGACUGUGGCGGGGUCAAUGUGGGGUCAGAAUGGACAGAUAGGUUCUCGAGAGGUCACGGAAAGGACCACAUUGAGUAGAAAAGUGUAGAGGGUGUGAAGAGGUUUUAGGGUUGUUGGGGGGGGGGGGGGGGUAUGGGUGAGCAUAGAGAAAAGGGUUGGUGGAUCAUGCAGAGAUUGCUGUCGUUAUGAUGUUGGAAUAAAACAAUUAUUGUCAGUCACGCUUUGUCAUCAUCCUUUCACCAUACUCCUAAAACCAAUCGCUGAGACUCAACCACCACCAGUUCACCAAUAGGAACGCUAAACUAACCACACAGCUCACCAACACCACACUUACCAUCAUUAGCAAUGUUUCUGGAACGUUUUCCAACGACUAUUAGUAAAUAGCAUUUUUUUCAGUAGUUACCCCAAGGAAACAGUAUAUAUCUAAUAGGAAAUGAGUCCAAACGCACGUGGAGAAGCGUGAGACUCCACGCACACGCAUGUUUUUCUUGUCAAUCUGUAUGUUGAACUUCUUUUGCACGGUACGUAGCCAACCGUGCUAAUCUAAAACAACGUAGCAUUAUGAUGUGCAUCAGUGCGCUUAGCACGCGUGGGUGUUAUAGCACGCGUGUUGUCAUGUGUGUGCACGUUUGCACAUUUCUGUGCGUAGACUUUAAUGUGUACUCAAACUCCAUAACAAAAACGUGAAACUCGUUCAAUAGUCUGCUAUAAAAACAACGGUUGUAUUAACAACUUCGUUUAACUCACGGUCGAGAAGUACGUCAAUGGCGCCUGAGACACGCGGCGCCUGCUUUUUGUGCUAGUCGAUUCCACAGUUUAGAGACCACGGCGUUUUUGACCUACACAAAUAUAUAUAAAUAAUAAGGCGUCCAUACAAAAUGUAAAUUGCUUUCAAGUAGCGAAUUAAUUGAUGCCGAUUUUGACAAGGCAUGCAUUGUCAUCGGAUCUGAGUACGUGUGCAAAAUGUGGAAUUGAUUGGACAACGGGAAGUGGACGAAAUUUAGAUUACAAGAUUUGACCACGACAAAGAGGAAUCAGGUGAAGUAAAACUCGUUGAAAAGAGUUCCAUAGCUCGUCGGAUUGUUUAAGGAUAAAUGAUUCUGCUUAUACUCUUUGGUUCUUUCGGUAAAGUC